GAUGUACGCUUACCAUCAUCGAGGGUGGUUAACCGGUUGUGCCAAACAGAUCAAACAAAUACUUACACUUCGUUUUCUUUUCUUCCUGAUGUCAAAGGCUGUCUAUCACCAAAAUGUAAAGAUGUACAUAUAGGAUGUCCAGAACGUAAGAUUAGAAAGGAAAGUCAUUGUGAGGCCGGCCCCUUGACCUUAACCUUGAAGUUGUCUUGAUGUUCUGUUAUUGUGAUUUUUCCGAUGUUGUUUACUUGUGUGCUCGUUCUAAUUAAUAUUUCUACAGUCUUAUUCCCGUCGCUUUUCGGGAUCCUGGAACGUUUUGGGAUCACCCUUUUUCCGAAAAAGGCGUUGGACUACUUCAAAGAAGCGGUGGACUCGGUCAUCAGCAUGAGAGAGGGCGAGUCGAAUGGGACGAGACCAGUGGACCUCCUUCAGCUGAUGCUUCAGGCUCACAACGAGGAACUGGACAAGAAGGGACCCAAUGACGUCGUGAAGCACGGCAUCUCCUCUAUGGAGUUCAAAGGAAACGCCAUCAUAUUGUGGGUGGUCGGGUACGAGACUACAGCCAACACCAUCUCUCUCACAGCCUACAACCUGGCAGUGAACCAGGAGGCUCAGGGCAAAGUCCACGCGGAGAUCGACGCUCUACUCAAGAAACGCGAGAAGCUGGACUAUGAUGCCGUCCAUGACCUGCCUUACCUGGACAUGUGCAUCAGCGAGACCCUGAGGAUGUACCCUGCGGCUACUAGGUUUGACCGCAUUUGCAAGGAAGAUACGGAGGUGAAGGGUCUGCACAUCCCGGCCGGCAUGAUCGUCAGCGUGCCCGUCUAUGCGAUUCACCAUGACGCUGAACUCUGGCCGGAACCAGAGAAGUUCAAGCCUGAGAGGUUCACCAAGGAGGAGAAGGAGUCACGUGACCCAUACGCCUACCUGCCGUUCGGCGCUGGGCCCAGGAUCUGUGUGGGCAUGCGCCUCGCUCAACUGGAGCUCAAGUUCGCUCUGGCCAAGAUGCUGCAGAAGUUCCGCUUCGUCACCUGCGACAAGACUGUGAUCCCCGUUCGCCUCCAGAACACCCUCGGUAACCAGAUAGAAGGUGGACUCUUCCUGAAGGUGGAAGCCAGGACUUGAGAAGCCCAGAGUGUACUGCUGCGUACCUAGCAUUCUCCUACGCAGAAACAUCCAACAGCGC